AUGGCCACAAUAAAUUGCGACAAGAAAGGGUUCCAGGCUUUACUACAACAUUGUGCAACAGCAAAACACACAGCCAAUGCUAGGACAAAGCUAGACGUCCAUCAACUCCAUCUCACUAAGAAGCCGUCAAACCUUGUUGGGCAGACACUCCAGGCUUCUGAAACAGACACUCCGAAUCAAAUCGAACUCUUUUCAUCUAAAUCCGCAGCUACGAAGGCUGAAAUCUUGUGGUGUCUUAAGAUCGUUGUAUCUGAUUGGUCUGCUGCAUCAUCCCAAGGAAUUCCAGAUCUAUUUAAAGAAAUGUUUCCAAACAGCGUUCCGAUUGCAUUCACUUUGAGUCCUGCGAAACUUAGGUACGUCAUCACGGUAGCUCUUGGGCCGUACUUUCGUGAAACGAUUUUGGAAGACUGUUCAGCUGCUUGGUAUACACUAAUAUACGAUGAGACGACCAAUAAUGAAAGCAAAAAAGAGUUGCAGGUAGCACUACGCUAUUGGUCAGAGACCGAGGAACUAGUCGUAAUCCAUCAUUUGGAAACGUUUUUUCUAGGGCAAGCUAAAGCCGAAGAUCUUGAAGAAUCAAUUUAUAAAGCACUGGACAAUGCUGGUCUUCCUGUUCAUCGUCUACUUAUGCUAGGCAGCGAUGGACCAAAUGUCAACAAAAAAGUCUUUAGAUUGGUAAAUGAACAUGCAAAAAUUGGAAGGAACAAGGGCCUACUUGACAUUGGAACAUGCAACAUCCACAUCGUGCACAACGCUUUUUUGAAAGGUCUCGAACAAUUGGGGCAUAACGUUAGUCAACUUGCAAUACAAGUUUUUUACUAUUUUGAUGGUUGGCCAAAGCGCUGGGAAGAUUAUACUAUAAUUCAACAGAACUGUAGUGUUCCAUUUCAUCGAUUUAUAAAGCAUGUUCCAUCGAGAUGGUUGACUUUACAAGACUCUGCACGCCGACUGCUUGAACAGUGGGAAGCAAUUCGUGAGUUUUUUCUAAAAGCAGUACCAAAACAAAAACAAUUACCUUCAAAGCAUGGCGACGAUAUAGCCACUACUUUGAAGAAUCCCACGUUGAAAGCAGAAAUAUGUUUUGUUAUCGAAUCGGCCGAUGUUCAUCAAAGUUUCACACGAAAAUAUCAUUGCCAAGAACCGUUGAUUCACGACGAGUUGAAGCUGCUGUUUCACACCUUGGCUGGAAGGAUUUGCAAAACACACGUCCUUGCUAAUCCAUUGAACGAAAAUGAUCCGUUUCUUCAUAAGAAUUUACUGCCUGUUGCUGAAGUAUAUUGCACGAGUGAAGUUCAGGACAUUUUGAAAUCCCUUCCUGGAGUCGACCGUGUACACUUUUUAAAAAAAGCUCAGAAUCAUUAUCUGGAAGCUGCAAAGCACAUUCUCACCAAAACCUGUCUCUUCAUUGGAACAGUUACUAAGCACUUCCGAUGUCUCCAGCCGGAAGCAAUAAAAAAAGAAGCAUUCAUUCGAAGCAUACAAAAAAUAGUAGAUGCCUUGCCAUUGGAAAUAUCCAGUAUCAAGUUAGCUGAUGAAUGGAAAAUGCUUGCCAUGGAAAAGUUACCUGACAACAAAUCUCAACGUAUUGAUCACUUCUGGAGAGAAAUCAUGAAACUCAAAACUGGAUUGGGGGAACAAAAAUACCCGAAUAUUAGUAAGAUUGUCAAAGCCAGUCUCUCACUUUCUCAUGGAAGUGCUGAUAUUGAAAGAGGGUUUUCAUCUUCUGGUCGAAUCCUCACCCAAGACAAAACGGCAAUGUCAUUGAAAACGUUGAAUGCUAAAAUAUAUAUUAAGGAUGGCAUGAAGAGAUUUCAAAAUAAACCAGAAUUAGUUCCCAUGACGAAGAAACUGAUACUUGCAGCAGAGAGUGCUCACCUGAAAUACAAAAACUAUUUGGAAGAGGUGGCAAGGGCGGCAAAGGAAGAAGAAGUUACAAGAAACGCAGAAAAACCAGAAAUUGAAAAGAAAAGAGCUUUGAAAGAGAAAAUGGAACAAUCCAGAAAAAAACUCAAAAUACUUGAGACAGAAUUUAAAAGUGCCGACCAGGAAGAAAAACAACAGAGGAAAUUGGCUGAUAAAUUGUUCACUGAAGCAAACGAUAGACUUAACAGGGCAAUCGGAAAUAAGGAUAUGGAAGAGAUACAGUUAGCACAAAGUAUGUUGCAAAGUGUAAAACACCUAAGAAAAGAAGAAGAUAACAAGAAAAGCAAGCGGGAAUCCAUUUAUAAGAAGCUCGAAGUAAAAAAGUCAUAUUUGAUAAAUAAGGCCGACAGCAAGUAA